GCUGGUCGUCUGACGGUUGCGCUGGAGAUUUUGGACGAGGUGGAGCAGCAAUUUGCGGAUUCUCGGGAUUUAGAUGCCUUUGAGAAGAGCGAAAUAAUUCUUUAUCGCGCUUCUCUCCUAGAAGAGAUGGGAAAAUACAAAGAGUGCUAUGAAUAUCUCUCCAGUCGAGAACAGAACAUCCUGGACGAGACAUCUCUGCUGGAGGCUUUGGGUCGCUUGUCAAUCUUCUUGCGUCAGUUUGAUACGGGGCGCAAGGCGUACCGACGACUGAUAAACAAUAACAAAGAUAACGAGUGUUAUGUCUUCUGCCUUAUGGCCUGUGACGAGAAUGAAGAGAUACGAAAACUCUUCGCUUUGCCGCGCUGUUCCUUCAACGGCGCUAUGGGGAGGGCCGACUCCCUCGCCUAUCGCCAACUGGAGCAGUUGUCAUCGGGUUCGAUUUUUGAGCGGAUGGGUGAGGAGAGCUUUGUGUAUUUGUUGCCGUGUGCGUUGCGUUCUUCGGGAGAAGACCGAGCGGGUUGGCUGCCUUCUUGUUUCAGUAGACAGGCAGCACAGGAAUCUGAGGUUAAAGAGAAGGCUAUGAGUCUUAUUAAUGGCUGGCGACCGCGAGAAGAACGAAGAGUGUGCACAGAAGCGAAACAAAACGGAAAAGAAUGCAACAUCACCAAACUCUACAGCAAGCGCACCCUCACCCCCCACUCCAUCCGAGUAACACGCGAGCCCACAGAGAGGGAGCAGGAACUCAUUGCCAGCUAUUUUGAACACCUGCAGCGGGAGUUAGCACCUUUUCCCUUGCUGGAUUAUUUGCCUCUUUCCUUUUUCACUGGCGACCGAUUUGUAGCUGCUUUGGACCAUUUUCUGCGGCCAAUGCUGCGCAAAGGAGUUGUUUCUAUCUUUGCGGCUAUCCGACGCCUGUACACCCGAAACAGAGUCCACCUCAUCACCUCUGUCAUUGAGAGUUACGUCACGAACUUGGAGAAGAAACCUUCAACAUUUGGAAAACUCCUUGGAACAAGAAACAGAAAUACAACAGCAACAACAGCAGCAGCAACUACAGACAAACGGGAAGAUAAUGAACCCCUUAGGGCUGCUGCUGGUGAUGCUGCAGCCAAUAGUAACGAUGUUGUGAAUGAUACCUGCCCAGAAGAAAUGAGUUAUUGCCUCCUCUAUACUUAUUUGCUGCUGGCCCAACACUACGACUUCACUAGACAGACUGAAAAAGCACUGGCAAUCAUCGACAAGGCGAUUGAGCACACGCCUACGUUUGGAGAUUUGUAUUUAGCUAAAGGUCGCAUUUGUAAACACAUUGGGGACAAUCAGACUGCAGCAGAACUGCAUGAAAAGGCCCGUGAAAUGGAUACGGCGGAUCGGUAUUUGAACUCCAAGGCGGUCACGUACUUUUUGCGCGUAGGGGAUGUGGAGAGAGCGCGUUCUUUAUCUCGUUUGUUUUCUCGUUUAGGAGAUACUGAAGAGACACCUGAGGCUCAGUGCAUGUGGUUCGAAUUAAAGAUGGCCCGAGCACUGUCUCGCAAGGGCUUGCAUGCCGAGGCACUGGUAGAAUAUUCCAAUACUCUUCAACAUUUCCAGGAAAUCCAACAAGAUCAAGUCGACUUCCACCCCUACUGCAUGCGCAAGUGCACCUUCAGGGCGUACUACCGAGAGGCGGCAGGCGAGGCUGUGCGGAUAUACUUUGGUAUACACGACGGCUCAAUAGAAAUCCCCCCCGAACUUGCCAACAGCAACAACAGCAACAGCAAAAACAACACCAGCAGCAAUCAAAAUAAGAAGAAAGGGGGCUCGGCAAAGCAGCAACAGAAGCAAGCUCCUCCACAAGAAAAACCUGCAACGAAGUGCUUGACAGAGAAACCCCUUGUUGCUGCCGAGAAGAUAUUGAUGCCUCUUCUCAAAUGUUGUUCUUCGGAUGUCCGCACUUGGGAAGCGCAUUACCAUUUGGCCUUUAGAAAGGGAGCCGUGGCGGCGAUGAUACUAUCUUUGUGCCGACUGGACAAAUUAAAUGCUGCAAAUCGGGUGGAUAUGUUUUAUUCGCCGUUGUUUCCUCUUCUUUUGCACUUUUGUAGAAAGGCUGACAUUGCUGCUGUUGAUUCUGACUUGCAUGAAAUGGCGGCGGCUCGUCUGUCUUCUAUCUUUAAUUUCCCCGUCGAGUUCAAGAAGGAGGCUCUUGAUGCUGCAGCAGAUUCGCUGGUGCAGCAGCUCAACAGCAAAUGUGAAGCAAACCCCACAGAUCUUCCUCUCAGAACUGUUGCUCUAAAGGCCUUCCACCUGGCUGGGGAGCCGCUUCCAGCUGCUUUCGUGCAGCAUCUCCCUUCUUGCAUUACAGUGACAGAGAAGGAAGCAGCAGCAGCGGCAACAGCAACAGCAACGUCAGCAGCAACAGCAGCUGAAGAAGUCGACAUUCCUUCGCUAACGGAAUGUGAAGAGCUGCUGGAGCAGCUGCAGCACUUUAAGCAGCAGGAAGGUGUCUACCAAGGCGUGAGGGUAUGUUUUGCCUACGUUGCCUAG